AUGAUCCCCCAAGAUUCGCAUGAAAUCCCCUCCAUCUCCCUUAAGCACGAUGAAUGGUAUCAAGCACAUUGUCGAAUCAAGGACCACCCCCCUAGGGAUAGAUGCGCCUAUCUAAGGCACGCGCGUGCGCUCUUGCCGUUAUUCGAAGGAAUUGUCGAGUUACACCCCGUGAUGAAAGCUGUCUUUUUCAGCUUCAAAGCCGUGGUCAACUUUGAACACGAACGGCUUGAAAACGACCUUCGAGUUUCCUGUGUCUAUUUUGCCGCUUCUGACAUGAUGAGUGUCGUCUUGGAAAUCGCUAUGCUCGUCCGUGAUCAACAAGACCCUGGGUUCAUUGCUUCUAACACAGCGUUGUUGAAGCUCCUUGAAAAAAUACAAGCCGAUACUAAAGCAUGCGGAAAUGCAAUCGAUAGCUACUAUAACGAAGGAAGGCUUGUUAAGUUUCUCAAGGCACCGGAAUGGAAGGCUGUUAUGGUUGAAUUCACCCAGAUCUUCAUUAAUCAUCGGAUUAACCUCCAAACCACCGUCUCCCUUCGUAUCGCACGUACAGUUGACGACAUAGGCAGCAAGAUGAAGAUCCUCAUCGCGCACGCGUUUACCCCACAGCACAGCUGGGAGAAGAACCUUCGAGCGAAGCUGAAGGAGUUUGGGCCUCGGGAGAACUGGAUCAACGACGUGGACAAAGUCAAAGCCCUUGCCCAAGCCAGUGAAGACAAGAUAUUUGACUUUCAGACUCUGACGGCCAAUGGUUCCCCCCAGGAUUCUGUCCAUUCGGAACAGCGCUGGAAGGCCUUUGCGGCUGGGCUCAAUGAGAACCUCGAUUCGUCGCUUCCCCAGCUGUUCGCACGGAACAUGAAGCUUUUCGAGCAGAAGUUGGACUUCCAUACGCAGGAACUGCGCGAUUCUAUUGCGAGCUCGGCGAAGUACAUUGUUCGGUCACUGGCAGGUCCAUAUGAUCGAUUGCAGCACGAGGUCAGGAUAUCACUUCACGAGAUGAACAGGACAACCAACUUAUACCACGCCUUCCACCAGGAUUUGCGCAAGGUCUGGAAAGAGAUGAACUGGAUAUUCUGUGUCGAGGGGAGGCAUUUCGCCAUCGCUUUAUAUGAGUACUACCUGGAUUACUUCCAUAGCAAAUACUCGACAUCCUCUUCCGGAUUGGAUGGCGAACCUGGAGAGCUGUCACCAGAAGACCUGGCAAAGCGUCGGGAAGACAUGUGGACUUUGGAGUAUCUCGAGCGGUACAGCGAGAAAAUCAACGACGCCGUUGAUAACGAUAGGUCCGGGUUCAUCCGCAUAAGCGAAGUCAACUCCUUUACGAACCAAAUCCCCGUUGGCUGGACGCUUCCUCAGUAUUGCGUUUAUGUCUCUGUCGGCUGGGAGUACGAGCUUCGAAUCUACCAGAAACGUGUCCGAUGCCUUUUGGACAAAUUAUGUGAAGCACAAAUGCGCGUCCUCCCGGAGAACAGGGAGGGUCUUUUAGACUUGAUUUAUUGGUGCGAUACCCCGAGCUUGCUCGCUCGUGGUUGCCAGAAAUAUCCGGACGACAAGGCGCAGCACCUUCCGGAGGGGUUCUGCAACCGCAUCAAGGAGAAGAUCAAGGCCCAAGACGAAAGAAUGCGAACUCUUUGGAGAAAAUUCAAGUAUAAUUUCAACGAUAGAAGCAUCAUCGCCAUGCUCUAUCCUGAAAAGAAAGCGGAGAUGUUUGUUCUUCAACUGUAUACCAUUCUUUUGGAGUACGCAUUGGACGUAGUGCAUGUAUGCAGGACCCAAAGGAUCGACCGUCGCGAGUGGGAGAGAUUUUUGCCUCGCCUAGGCCACAUUGAAGCUUUGUUGGACAGUCGGAUAGAAGAACUUAAGGACGAAUACAAACGCAAGGGUCACUCCGACGUGAAAGGCGAGUUGUGGUUUCCGUUCCGUGGAAUGCAUAUGCUAUGCAUACAAUACUCACCAUAUUUCUGGUAUCAUACAGAGGCCAUUCAAGGGCACUACGGAGGGAUAUUUCGACCCUACCAUAUGUGUUCUGUAGCGGGCUGCUUGCUCUCGCCGACAAAGGAAGAAGCGGAACAUCAUUACAUGUCUGGUGACCCCCUUUCACUGAAGGACUUCCCCAUUCCUACGCCGAACACCGAGCUUGACGAGAUAUUGGAAUAUUCGACUGGGCAGAACGGCACUGAAGAAACCAGUAUUGAUUUCGAUAGACCGGAAAUCGGGUCUGAGACGUCGAAACCGGAUAUUGGAGAGAGCCUCAGUGAAGGUGACGAAAAUCCUGAUUGCGUUCCACCCGCCUUUCCUUACCAAAACGCUAUUUGCGACAUAUGUAAGGUCGUUGCAGGCUGCAGCCCAGCUUGCUAUCAUUGCAUCGACUGUGACGAUUUCAACAUCUGCGAAUCUUGCUUUCGGAAAUCCCCUUCAGACUCACUUCACACUGGCGGUCACGAGGAAGAUCAUGAUCUUGUUAGGAUGGUUUUGUUCUUCCCACACGACUGCGUGAUCACUAUCAAAGCGGCUGCGAAGCACCAACGCCGGCUAUAUUGGCAGUCUCGCGGAUUCCUCGACGCUGAAGAACUUGAAAGCGAUGGGGAAGAAGAUGACGAAGACGUGGACGGAGAUGGAUGGGACGACGAGGAAGGUGACGGCGAAGAAGAAGGAAAAGACCAAGGAGAUGAAGGGACAAAGUUGGAUGUCUUCGAAAUCCAGCCUGACCCCUGUGUGGCCUGCCGAUCCGAAAUCGCCUCGGAACGGUUCUACCAGUGCAUCCACUAUGAGUGCUUAGAGCCCAGACAUUGCAUCUGCUUCGACUGCUUCUCAUCGCUGCCCGAAAACGAAGGGGAGGGCGAUAGAACAGACGAACUAGCAGGAGAAGGACCCGAAAACACAAGGACCUCCCACAAGCCCUGGCACUCUCUUCUCCUCAUGCACAGACUCGAUCCCGACGACCCGUGGGAAGGCGUAGAAGAGGAUGAUGAAGACGACGAUACGUUGACCACAGAAAGCGGCCAUCCCCCACCUGAUGAUCGGAUAAGCGCUCUCGAAAAGAAGAUAGAGACUCUCGAAAGCAACAUCAACCAGGUUAAUGCCCAUGUUAUGGAUUUGAAAGGGCUGAUGAGCGCGCUGCUCGAAAGAUUAAGCUGA